AUGGCGCGCAAUGAUGCGAUAUCGCGAUCUAUCGUCGCCGCCGUGCUGAAAACCCCACCGCGCGAGCGUCUGUCACUGAUCAAGCGCGUUUUAAUCGUGCUGUCUGCCUUCUUCACGUUGUUUCAGCUGCGACUUACACGCAUCAAAGAUGACGUCUUCGAGCGUUUACGGACAAAGUCCUGGGAAAUGGAUGAUGAAGCGUACAGAAGUUCCUUUUCCGGUGACGAGCCUUUGGAAACCAAAGGAGACAUGGGGUACUCCGGAUCAUCCUUCUUCACCACCAAGGACGGCAAAUAUCUCAUCAAAUCUGUUCCCAGGCAGUUCGAGCAUUCUUACUUCCGCGAUGACCUCCUGGAGCCUUAUGCAAAGCACAUGGAGGAGAACGCCAGGUCGCUUCUCAUUCGUAUCACCGAUUUCCUUGGCUGGAAGCACUUCUCUAUUGGUGGUAUCCUUGGCCUAGUGCCUACCUAUCACAUCACCAUGGAGAACCUGCUGAUCGGUCAGGACGAAGCGGACAGCGCUGGUGGCGGUGACUGGGAGACCUUUGACCUCAAGCCCGCGGAUUAUUUCUUCCCGGAAAGAGAUAUCGCUGGAGGAAAGCUCGCAUCCGAGGCCACCAAGUCUCGACUGGCGGACAAGUUCGACGACAAGAUCGUUCUAUCCCAGGAACAGCACGACAUCUUCAUCCGCCAGCUCGAACAAGACACAACGCUCCUCGCCUCCCACAACGCAGUAGACUACUCCCUCUUUCUCGUCCGCAUACCACUCUCAAACCCCCAAAACCCCUUCGCCGACGAACCAGAUCACGACAACGCGCCCGAAGCGCCCGACUUUCCACCAUUCGCGCCGCCGAGCCCGCCAACGUGGCGUACAGGCGUGCGCUCUGCGGAUGGCAAGUACGUCUUCAGAGCACAAAUUUUGGACUUCUUCUGGGCGAAGCACAAGGUCACGCCGAAGCUGUUCACGUUUCUGAUCAAGGCGUGGAAUCUGAUUGAUAGGAAAGGUCCGAUGUCCAUUACUACUACACCAGACGAGUAUCGGGAGCGGUUCUUGAGGAUGUGUGAGCAUUUUGUGGAAGUCAAGGAGGAUGGAGAGGAUGAGGCUUCGUGA